GCGGGAGCAGCGGUAGCGGCUUCAGUUCUAGGCAACCCGGCCGCCAGGGCAGGAACAGGGGGAGAGGAGCUACUGCCCCGCGCCGCCCCUGCGCUCGGGGGCCCUGAACCCGCCCGGCUGCCGCAAACCUCCGCUCUUCCUCUGGAGUGAGGAGUGCGCAGCUGGUAUCAGAGCCGAGAGGGCAAGGCAGGGUAGCGCGCAUGGCCUCAGCAGGCACGCGGCGACUCCCGGCCGGGACGCGCGCGGCGGCCAGGGGCUGCAGCGGCCUCUCGCUGCUCCCGGCCCCGCCCCUGGUCCCUCCGCGACCGCCGGGACCAAUGAGAUUUCUGAUCUCCUGCAGCCUCUUCUUGCCCCGGGCUGCCCAGGUCUUGGCGGCUGAGGCUGGCUUACCGCCCAGCCGUUCCUUCAUGGGCUUUGCUGCCCCCUUCACCAACAAGCGAAAGGCUUACUCCGAGCGUAGGAUCAUGGGGUACUCAAUGCAGGAGAUGUACGAGGUCGUAGCCAAUGUCCAGGAGUAUCGUGAGUUUGUGCCCUGGUGUAAGAAGUCUUUAGUGGUAUACAGCCGCAAAGGGCACCUGAAGGCCCAGUUGGAGGUUGGCUUUCCACCUGUUAUGGAACGUUAUACUUCUUCUGUUUCCAUGGUCAAACCUCACAUGGUCAAGGCUGUUUGCACCGACGGCAAGCUCUUCAACCACUUAGAGACCAUUUGGCGGUUCCGUCCUGGUAUUCCUGCCUAUCCCCGAACUUGCACUGUGGACUUCUGGAUUUCCUUUGAAUUUCGUUCUCUGCUGCACUCCCAGCUGGCCACCAUGUUUUUUGAUGAGGUUGUCAAACAGAAUGUCACUGCCUUCGAGCGCCGGGCAGCAACCAAGUUUGGUCCAGAAACAGCCAUCCCCCGUGAACUGAUGUUCCAUGAGGUGCACCAAACUUGAGGCAAAGGAUUGUUCCCUAGCCUCACCUCUCCUCUCCCUCCUCACCCAAUUCUCUUAUUUCAUUUGGCUCCUGCUCCAAUCUGAGAGAAGAGUCUAUGUUCAUAAUACUGUUCUCCCACUCAAAUUGGGCUCUAAGCUGGCUGGAAAUGCUGGGGGAAAGAAAAGGCAGGGAGGUAUGGAAAGGAGACAUGCUUAGGAAAGGGUCAGGCUCAUCUUGAGAGCCCAUAUGCCUGAUGCCUGCAACCUUCUCACACUGAAUUAUAAUCAGGACUGUAUGGUUGUCUCUGAGCUCUUGUCAAGGUGCCUUAGUGUCUGACCAGGGGAAGACAGCAACUUUUCUUAGGAUUGAAUAAAUUGAACUCCUUUCUCUGACACACAGCUACUGGGUAGUCAAUAACUUUGCCUGCUCUUGGGGAAGGGGCAGGAUAAGAACCCUGAAUAAAUAAAGGGAUAUUUGCUUGUGGCAGGGGAUGAGGAGGGAGGUUUACUAUUUUUAAUGCCCUCAGCCCCUCAGGAGAUGCCCGAGAUCUGGCCCCAGCUUGAAAUCCGUAUGACCUCACUUUAAGAAUAGUUCCAUGCUGCCUGGCUAGUGGAGAGCAAGGGGCUUUCUCCCCAUCAUUGCCACAGGAGGCAAGGAGCAAAAGAGCACUGAACAGUUAUACUCUUGGGUUGUACCUUAUUCUUCCACUUGGCCUGAGUUUUUAUAAAAUUUCAAUAAAUUAAUU